UGCAGAAUUUGCUCGUUUGGGACAGAAUCGAACCUGAGACUUAAACCAACAAGUGGCCCAAGCCAGCCAUUGCCCGGGGGCUCUGUUUGCUUUUUUGCAUGUACCGUAUAUAAUUCUCAUCUCUCUUAUCCAACAGAGCUGAAAGAGCGGCCAUGAAAAAAGCCAUAAUAAUUUGAUGCCUUAUCCCAAGACCCCAACUUUCUUUAAACCAGGAAAGAAAGAAAGUUCAAAGAGGACGGCAAUUUGCACAGGUACCAUUGUCCUUCAUUCGCAUCGAAAUCAGAAAUUUCUCAGCUUUCCAAUUCCCCCAACCCACAUGAUUGCAUCCCCUCUUCCCCAUCUCUCCUAUAUUUAUCUCAGCUGAACUCUCUCUCCACAAAUAUUAUAAUUUACAAGCAUGUCGUCGUCGUCGUCAUUUUCGUCGGUAACUUGCUCCCCGAGCAGCAAUUACAGCCGGAACAUUCAAGUGGUUUCGAAGUCGGUGUCGGACAGACUUCUGGGAAAAUACUUCGACGCAUCAAAGUUCGAUUUCGACUAUGAGCAGAGCGGGCUUUGGUCUCCUCCGGUUCCCCGUAGAGCGUUCUUGGCCUCGCCCGCCGGCGAUAUUGUGUGCUCCCAAGACACAAUGCUGACCAAACUCGAAAAUGCAAGAAAGGGUUUCCCGUCAUUUGGAUUGAGGCGUAUUUUCUGCAUUCGCGCCUUCGGAUGCUCUUGAAGUGAAUGAUGGCGUCAUCUUCAUUAUUAUUAUCCAUCCACAGGAUGUAAUAAUUAUUUUUUAUUGAUAGAAAGCAUGCAAUUAAGUUCUUCAUCCCCAUGGAUUUUAAUUUAUUAGUCCACUAAUAUGUCAUUGUUUUUUAAUAGUAGUUUAUGGGUUAUUAAUCCUCCUUUUGUUUUAGUUUUCAGGUUAAACAUGCAAGUGUGUUAUAUUAUUGAAAAGGAAAUAACUUAUGUGAUCAUUUCUGUCUCAUAAGCUUGCAUUGUAUACGAGAUUCAAUUUAUUAAGCAUCUGGUUGAGAAAA